AUGCGCAUCCACGUGGCACCACAUCAGUGGCUCCUGCUGUACAAUUCUGUGUUUCUGGGGGUUCCUCCUGGGAGGGGCAGCUGUCCUCUGAUUGGUGCGUUCCCCUUUGACCUGGUCUACACCGACUACCACGGCCUGCAGCAGAUCAAGAAGCUCAUGGGCCUCUCACUCAAGAAAUACAGGUGUCACAUGCGGGUGAUUGACACGUUUGGCACGGAGCCGGCCUACAACCAUGAGCUGUAUGCCACCCAGCACAACUACCGCUCCAACUGGGGCUACUGGAACCUCAACUGCCGCCAGUACAUGACCAUGUUCCCGCACACGCCAGACAACUCCUUUAUGGGCUUUGUGGCAGAGGAGCUGAAUGAGACUGAGAGGAGGAGCAUCCACAGGAACAAGGUGACCAACAUGGCAGUGGUGUACGGCAAGGAGCCCAGCAUGUGGAAGGUGCGUUCCGGCAUGGGACUGGCAACUCGCUGUGUUCCUUUCUGA